AUGGUGGAACACGCGCUCGUGGACUGCUCUCAGGCGAGCGCCAUGCAGACCCUGCCGCCGCAACCGCACCGCGAAGCCGACGAAGAUCAGCUCGCAGACGAAUAUGUUCAAAAUUUCGAGCUCGACCAUUUAGAAGAUCACCAUCUUGUGAAACGUGAACCUUUACGAACUGGAUGGCAUGAGCUCGCCGAUGGACCACCGGCCUGCGCCCGCGCCUGCCGACCGUGGCCCGAUGCGGGACCCUAUCCUCAACCGCACGUCGCCAUCGCCGUGGAUCCGAGCACACCCCCAGAAACGCCUCCAGCGCCUAUAAGUCGCAGCCCUUGUAGAGCGGCACUCGUCGAUGAUGUACUAUGGUUACCUCAUAUGCGAGAGCCUUUGGAUAUGCGCACUGUACCCUGCGGGAGUUUUGAAGACUGGGAUCGUCGCGAGUGGAGAGAACAGGAUCACCAUAUUCAACAAGUCGCGUUACGUCCUGCGAGUUCCUGCUCGGCGCUUUCGCCGCGCACCGGCCAGCACCAGUCAUAUCAAGCGUCUUCCUGUGGCGACGAUUUAAUAAGUGACGACCUGCUCAUGACAUUAAGUGUACGUGAAUUAAACAAACGACUUCACGGUUUCCCCCGCGAGGAUGUGACUCGACUGAAACAGAAAAGGCGCACACUGAAAAAUCGUGGAUACGCGCAGAACUGUCGCAGCAAGCGAUUGCAACAGCGACAGGAGCUGGAGAUGACUAACCGGUCAUUGCAGGACGAGCUGCACGUGCUGCAGCUGCAAGUGGCGCGCGUGACGCACGAGCGGGACAUGCUGAAGCAGCGGCUGUCGCUGGUGAGCCGUGAGCACGCCGUGCCGCAGCACGCGCCGCCCACACCGCACUCGUCACCGGAGUUCUUCUCGGAGCUGUGA